UUUGGCCGUGUCACUGUCGCCGUGUCGCCUACUUACACGUUGUCAAUUUAUCAUUAUUUUUACCUAUAACAUCAGAAUUUAUAUCUGUUUUCAAUAAAUUUAUAGGUAGUUUUUUAAAGUAAAACAAACAUGUCGUCCCCCGACGAAAGUUCUCAACUCAAAGCAGGUCAUCCUCCUGCAGUGAAAGCUGGUGGUAUGAGAAUCACCCAACAUAAAGUUCCCCACUCUAAAGACGAACGUAAGGAACAACCGAAUGAAGACUUAACAGGACUUGCCGGCCCUAAUCCAGUACCAACUAACCCAGUUUCAAUUGUCGGAGCUCCUAACAGAGGUAAUGCUGACUUCACACCUCAAGCAGCACAGGUCGCUCAUAGUCCAAAGCCUCCAGCACAAUUUAACAUGAAACCAACCCUAAACAUCCAACAGCCCAGGAAGUAAACGACAGGUUGUGAAAGGCAUAUCAAACCCAGUUUAUGUUAGGUGUUUGUAUUUAACAAUUUAAAAUAAAAUAAUAUAUCAUUAUGGAAAUUUAGUACAAAUUGUGUUCUAAAUGAAAAUGUUGAUAAAAAAUUAUAUAUUUGUUAUUGUAACUGAAUAUCCGUUAGUCACUUUAAUAAUCUUUCACUAACUUCUAUGUACCAUUUGAGUAAAUAAUCACAUGAAUAUACAAAUACAGUUGUGUAAAAAGUAAAUAUCACAUUUUAACACCUAACAUAAACUUUAUGAGCCUACUGAUUACAUUGAUAUAAAAGAAAUAUGUACUCUAUUUAAAAAAAAAAAAUACAUUAGUCUGUUUUUA